CAGUGCUUCGAGCACGGAUGCAAUGGUCGUGUCUUUUCCUGUCACGAGAACUACCUCCGACAUGUGCGUGAAAAAGACGGGAAGAACACCGUGAUGUGUCUGGUCUGCGGAAAGGAGUUCACACGGCGCAGCAACCGCGAGAAGCAUCUCGCACAGGGGACGUGC